AUGGCGGUCUCCGUGUGGCGCGCCGCGACGCUCGCGCGCGUCGUCACCCUCGCCGCGGUGUUUCUCUUCGACGCGCUCGUGCCGGAUUACGACACGUCCGCGCGGCACUCGUCGUCGUCGUCGUCGUCGUCGUGGGCGUGUCGCGCGGUCGAGGGAGCGAUGACGUGGGAUUCGGUGUACUACCUCGAUAUCGCCGCGCGCGGGUACGCGCACGAGCAGAACCGCGCGUUCUUCCCGGCGUACCCGAUCGCGAUGCGCUUCGUCGAACGCGCGACGCGCCUCGGCGGCGGCGGCGAAAGCGAACCCUCGCGCUGCGGCCUCGCGACGAGCGCGCUGAUGAUCUCGAAUCUCGCGCACGUUCUCGGCGCGGCGACGCUCGAACACCUCGGCCUCGCCGUCGUCGGCGACGCCGCGCUCGCGCGCGCGGCGGCGCUGCUGUACGCGUUCAACCCCGCGAGCGUGUUCCACGGGGUCGCGUACACGGAGUCGCUCUUCGCGCUCGCGUCGUUCGUCGGAUGCCUGUGCGUCGCGCGAGGGAGGCGAAACAUCGCGACGGCGGUCUUCUUCGUCGCGGCGGCGACGCGAAGCAAUGGCGUCCUCCUGGCGACGCACCUCCUCUGGGAUCUCCUCGACCGCGUGAUCCUCCGCGCGUGGGGGAAGAGCGCGUUCGCACGGAAGCGGCGCGCGAUCGAGACCCCGGGGAGCGAGAUCGGGGUGUCGCCGCCCGCGGAGGACGACAGCGCCGCGAAGGGCGCCGCCGGGAAAGUCCCGGCGCGCUUCGCGGACGCCGCCGCCUAUUCCGCCGCCGGGGACGCGAUGAAGCUCCUCGCGUCGAUCGCCGCGUGCGUCGCGCGGUGCGGCGUCGUCGCGCUCGCGCCGUACCUCGUCGACCGCGACGCGCGGAAGGCUUACUGCGGCGCCGGGAGGAGAGUGGGCGACCGGAGGCCGUGGUGCGACGACGCGCGGACGCCGGCGUACGCGUUUAUUCAGUCGCGGUACUGGAACGUCGGCUUUCUGAGGUACUUCGAGCGGAAGCAGCUCCCGAACUUUCUCCUCGCCGCGCCGAUGCUUGUCGUCGCGUCGCACGCGACGUGGCAGCACUUCUGCGGGACGCAGUCCAAGCGCGAGCGACGCGACGCGUACGGCUUGCACGGAAGAAACGCGCGCGCGCACUUCAUCGUGUGCGGCGCCGUCGCGUUCGCGUGCUUCUUCUUCGCGCGCGUCGAAGUCGCCACGCGGUUGCUGUCCACGUCGCCCGCGGUGUACUGGCACGUCGCGCACCACGGCCGAGGCGGCGGGAGCCGGUCGUUCACGCACGACUCGGAGGACGACGCGGAGUCGUUCGGCGCGAACCGGGAGAGGUUUCAGAGGGCGUGGUGCGUCUAUUCGUUGUCGUACCUCGCCGUCGGCGCGCUGUUGUUUCCAAACUUUUACCCGUGGGUGUGA